AUGAGCAUCACAUUUUCACGCUUGAACUUUUUCUACAUUUUUUUCCUUUUCAGGCAGCGAGAACUGUUCCUAUCUAGACAAGUAGAAACUCUUCCUGCAACCCUUAUUCGUGGAAAGUGCGCGGUUACGCUACUCAGCGAGGUGGAGACAGUCUCGAGCUACGACGGAGAAGACAAGUUCUUUUACUCACUUGUAUAUGAUCCAAGUCAAAUGACAUUGCUCGCGGAUAAAGGCGCUAUCCGUGUCGGGGAAAAGUAUCAGGCUGAGGUUCCUGAGACAAUGGAGUGUGAGGAUAAAGUUGAGAAUGGCGAUGGGGAUGAGCUAAUGAUCGACGAUGAAGAAGAACGAAGUGACAGCGACAUGCGAGGGACGAUCCGCGCACCAUCAGAAACGGAAAGAGAAGUACUCGUUUAUCAUCCUCAUCAUUCACUCACGGAUCGAGAUAUGGAUCAGUUCCUCAUCGUAGCCAGAGCAGUUGGGACGUUUUCACGUGCUUUGGAUACUUCUUCGUCCACUAAGCUCCCUUCUCUUCAUAUGACUGCUGCCGCUGCAUCUCGCGACGUUACUCUUCUACAUGCUAUGGCACUCCUUCAUCAAGCUGGAUAUGACAUAGGCCAGGUUCUCAUUUUUCAUCUGCUUGGCUGCGCCGUCAAAUAUCUCGUUCCUCCUCCAAAUAAAAACUACUAUCCGUUGGAAGCGGAUAAAGCUACAGGACACAAUACC